CACAGCGGCUCAGAAAGGGCCGAGACUCUCUCUCUCCGCCUCUUCAAAUUUUGUAGAUUUUAUAUUACAAGAAAAAUAGUAUCCUCUAUUCUUAUCUAGGGUUAGGGUUAUGGAUUGUCAAUCGGUUCAACAACAGAGGGAGUUGGAUCGGGUCAAGGGGCCGUGGAGCCCCGAGGAGGACGACCUGCUGAGGAAGCUGGUGCAGCGCCACGGCGCUCGGAACUGGACGCUGAUAAGCAAGUCGAUUCUGGGAAGGUCCGGGAAGUCGUGCCGGCUCCGGUGGUGCAAUCAGCUCUCGCCGGAGGUGGAGCACCGGGCAUUCACGGCGGAGGAGGACGAGACCAUCGCGGCGGCGCAUUCGAAAUACGGCAACAAGUGGGCCACCAUAGCGAGGCUCCUCAACGGCCGGACGGACAAUGCGAUCAAGAACCACUGGAACUCCACUCUGAAGCGGAAGUACUCGUCCAUGGCGGAAGACGGCGCCGGCGAGGAGAGCCAUCAGCACAGCCGUCUCAGGCUGGAGAAGAAACCGGCGACGGUUUCGGUUUCGAGCCGCGGUUACAGUACGACGAGCCCGUCCGGAUCCGACGUCAGCGACUCCGGCGAGGCGCCAGCUCAGGUGUUCAGGCCGGUGGCGAGAGCAGUGUUGAGAAGGGAGUCGCCGCCGUUGCCGCUGAGGAAGGAAACGGAGCCGUCGACUCUUCUGACUCUGUCGUUACCUGGAGGCGGCUACUCGACUGAGUUGGCGACCCGCCAAGAAGAGAAAACGACGUCUUUGGGUGAGAAUGAGAACAGAACGAUGUCGUUUGGGCCGGAGUUCAUGUCGUUUAUGCAGGAGAUGAUUAGGAAGGAGGUUAGGAAUUACAUGGACGAUGUGAAUGGUCAGCACUUUGGUAUACCCAAGCUCUCGUAAUCCCCAAAAAAAAAGAAAAAAAUCACACAGUUUUUAUUUUUCAUUUUCUAAAUUAAGAUUAGGAAGUCAGAAUUAGCAAAACACAGUCGUUUUUGGUUCGUGAAUGAAAUAAUCUUGGAAUGUACAGGCGGCCUGAGAAAGAAGAAGAGCUCAGUGGUUGGUUAAGAAAUUUUUUUCAGUUUU